GAGUCUCUUUUCUGGCUACGCUACUGGUGUGCAAUGAAUCUAAAAUAUAUGAAAGUUUAAUUUUUAUCAUUACAUUAUGGAAAAUAAUGAACUUUUAUCACAAUAUGCUAAUUUUUUGAGAAGGACCUGUAUGUAGAUACCAAUGCAACAUGUUAGUGUUCUAAGAAUCUUCAAUCGUUUUUGCAUCAGCAUCCAGUCCUGUUGCAUAUGCAAAAUACUAUGUUUCGAAGACAAAGAGACGAAUGAGAUGUUCUUACAUAUAAAGAACUGACUUACAUAUAAAGAGGUGAAUCUCAUUAAAUCUAUAAAGAACAUUUCCAGGUUAUAUUUCACGCCAAACUUAAAGUAAUAAGAAAUUAUAUUUUUUAAAUCGUAAAACUAAAGUAAAUUAAGAUUAUUUGUCCCCCUUGAGACAUCCUAUGUUUAUGUGUCAUGAACGUACACACAAACAGAGAGAUCCAAUUUGCAGUGUUUUAUUUAGGAGAAUCCAAUAAUCAGACAAAGACUUGUGGGAAAUGUAGUGCCUGCAGUGGGGUGACUAUAUGGGGAAGUGAGACCACUAGUGGACACCCAGGGAUACACAGAUCAGACAUUGUGACACUGUGUGACUUUCCUCUUUCAGAAAAAUCCAAUCAAAAUUAUAUUAAAAAUUAUCCCUGCUCUUUCUGUAGGGGUAAGUGGGUGAUUGUUGUCAACUGUUCAGAAGACGUGAAAUAUGAUGGACGUAUCUGUAAUAAAACGUCCCAAUACUGCUUUGAGGGGUGAAUAAAGGCCCCCUGUAGUAAGUUAAAUAUCCACAUUUCAAAUGUAAUAAACUCUUUUUUUCUCAGUUCUGCUGACUGUGGGGAACCGUAGUUUAAAUAAAAAGUAAUUGUUUCAAUUUCAGUUCACUUUACUGUUAAGGAUUUAAAUGACAGGCUUUUUUUCAGAAGGACAUUAACUAUUUUGAAUUUUAUGUUGAGGAAUAAUGAUUAUUCAUCCGAAAAAUCCAUUGUGAGUGGUGAAUAUUGAAUGUAUGUAGUUCUAACUAAAUGUUUUAUAUGUAAAAUACUGUACAUCUGUUAGCACUGUUUGACAAUGUUUCCACAUUUAGAACACCUUCACAGCAUGUCUAUUACUGUACCUUAGUGAAAGCACUGCCUUAUUCUAUUCACUGCAGGGACCCUGUAAUAGCAUAUAGGUCAUAAGCUACGGGAAACUCAAUUAUUUUGUGCAGAGAAAGUGAAUAAAAUCUAAGCAGCCAUGGUUGGUGUCCUUCUCUUUGCAUAUAUCACAGUGAAUCUAUUCCUUAAAUGUCAAGGUCAAAAGAUUCAUCAAGCUAAGAUUUACAGUGAAAAUUCAGAAGUUCCAGAAGGUGGAAGACUGGAGGUUACUUGCAGCACAUUUGGCUUUACAGUAAAGGCAGUUUAUUCAUAUCUGUGUAAAAAUGGUAAAGCCAUUCUUAUGAAAAAAGGGACACCUCGACAAGACACCACCUUUAAAAUAGAGAGAAUAGAAAUUAACGCUUCAGGCAACUACAGCUGUGUGUUUUCAGAAGAGCAGUUGGAAAUAACCAAAGUGACAGGAUAUGGUCAAAAUUACAUCUUCAUAAAUGUGAUUGAAUCUUUAAUUUAUACACAGAUUACUUUACUUAAACCUGAGGUGCCAGUGGGAAGUGAUGCUGAGUUUAACUGUUCGACAUCCAAACCUUUACACAAAAACCAGUCCAAGAACAUGAUUUGGGCUUAUCUCAUCAAAAAUGGAACGCCUGUUGAAGUUAAUAUUUGGGACACAGAGAAGAUGAUGACAACAUUCACCCUCAGAGAUGUCAGGAUUGAAGAUGCUGGGACAUACAGUUGUGUUGUAUUCCUAAACAUACUCCCUUACCAUGGAAUGAGACUUCAUCAAAAUAUUACAGUCAAUCUUGAGAUUACUGUGACAUCUAAUAGCAUAACUGACAAAGUCAUAUUUGUCAUAAGGUACUCUAGCAUAGUUUUGCUCUUCAGUCUGUUGCUGGGAAUCUCGGCACUGAUCCGAAAACGAGGAUGCCUUAGAAUCAACAUUGAAAGAUCUUCGAAUAACGAGACAGAGCUCAGAGGAACAGAAAUUUUCUACGAAGGUAUUCAUUUAAUGAUUAUUAUUUCUUGUUGGAUUAUUUCUUAUGGAAAACAGAAGGUUUGGGUAUGCUGUCACUAUACAUAACAACUGAGCUCAUGGAUUUCUAUUAACUCUAUUAACUUGUUUAUUAACUUUCAUACAUUGCAAAGUUAGCCUGAUCUCAUGAGAAAAUCUGACAAUUUUAUAUGUUAAUGCUGUGUAAUUAUUGAAGCAAUCUUACAGUAUUGUAAAACACAGUAAUAUAUAUACAGAAAUUUAGUCAUUUUGUGAUGUGCAGUUACAGUGAAUAACCUCAUCUGCAUAACACAAAUGUCUUUUAUUUUUACAGAUGAAUAGUAUAAUGACGUUGGAAGCAUUACAGUAUGAUUAAAUUAUGCUGUUGCAACUUCGUAGUGUUAUCUUUGCUUUUGCUAUUUUACAACUGUUGCUUUUUGUGGCCUUUUUAAGUUUCUGUUUUAAUCUCUUUGUAAUCUGUUUAUUGUCAUUUUUUUAUGAGACUGAACUACUGACUAAUUGUUGAUUAUCACUUUAGUCACUGUGCACAAUUUUUUUUUUCAUGUAAACAUUGCUGUAAAUUAUCUUUCAAGACUGGACAUUCAUUACAACUCAUUCAUACCAAAAUACAUUAUGAAUAUUGUUAAUGUAACAAAUUUUUGAAUACAAACUGAUGUUGUUGUUUUUUUUCUCUAAAUCUAAAGUGUGUUAUUGUUUUCACAAAUGUAC